CCCGGAAGUAAGAAGUCUGGCGCGAAACCCCUGCACGUUCACGUGUGAACCACAACAACACGAAAGCAAACAUGUCAAAGAUAGAGAAGAUGACCAUCCUCGGGGUGAGGAGCUUUGGGAUCGAGGACAAAGACAAACAAGUCAUCUCGUUCUUCACGCCGCUCACCGUGCUGGUCGGACCCAACGGAGCCGGCAAAACGACUAUUAUCGAGUGCCUUAAGUAUGUAACGUCAGGAGAGCUUCCCCCCGGAGCCAAAGGAAGUGCGUUUGUUCACGAUCCAAAGGACGCCCACGAGACGGAGGUGCGGGCGAAGAUUCAACUCCUGUUCACCGACGUGAACAACGAGAAGGUGACGAUCCACCGCUCCAUGUCCUGCACUCAGAAAGCAAAGAACUACACCUUCAAAAGCCUGGAGCAGGUCAUCGUCAGGAACAACAAGGACGGGGAGAAGGUGAGCCUGUCGUCAAAGUGCGGCGACAUGGACCGAGAGAUGAUUUCCGCCCUGGGGGUGUCGAAGGCCGUGCUGAACAACGUCAUCUUCUGCCACCAGGAAGAGUCCAACUGGCCGCUCUGUGAGGGCAAAGCGCUCAAAGACAAGUUUGACUCCAUCUUCGCCGCAACCAAGUACAUCAAGGCUCUGGAGACGAUGCGCCAGCUGCGCCUGAAGCAGAGCCAGACGGUGAAGCUCUGCCAGGUGGAGCUGCGCUACCUGAAGGAGAACAAGGACAAGGCCCAGCAGAUCAGAGCCACCGUGGCCACCAAGGAGGCCCAGCUGGAGGCCUCCAGGGACCACGUGCAGCAGAUAGAGGGCCGGGUGCAGCCCCUGGAGGAUCAAAUGUCUGAUAUUGACAACAAACUGGGGAAAGUGAUGAAGUUGGACAACGACAUCAAAGCUUUGGACAGCAGGAAGAAACAAAUGGAGGCUGACAACAAAGAGCUGGAAGAAACCAUGGAGCAGGUGUUCCAGGGUUCCGUGGAGCAGCUGCAGGAGGUCUACCAGAACCACCAGAGGACCGUGAGGGAGAAGGAGCGCCGGCUGACGGAGUGCCAGAAGGAGCUGGAGAGAGCCGGGCGGGAGUGUCAGAGACUCCACCGGGUCAAGGGGGAGCUCCUGGUAGAACAAGGUCGUCUGCAGCUGGAGGCCGACCGCCACACUCAAGACAUCAAGAACAGAGACGCCCAGGUGCGCUCCCUGUCGUCCUACCUGGAGAUGGAGGGCUACGACCGGCCGCCCUUCAGCGCCCAUCAGCUCGAGAGCUUCAACCGCCACGUCGCUCAGAGAUUCGAGCAGGAGAAAGAGACCGUCACUCAGGUUAUGGCCGACCUGCAGCAGAAGGAGCAGCAGAAGCAGAACGCCGCGGACGAGCUGAGGGACCGCAAGACGGGCCUGGAGAGGACGGUGGAGCUGAAGAGGGACAUCCAGGGCCGCAAGCAGCAGGAGCUGAGGGCCAUCGGGGAGGAGCUGCGGCGGCUGGAGGGCUCCACCAGCCGCCUGCAGGAGCUGGAGAGCGAGCUGCACAGAGUGGAGCGUGAGCUUCGAGGUGCCCUUCAGGGCUCCACCGUGGAGGAGCUGAAGGUGGAGGUGGUGGAGCUGCAGAGAGAAAAGGUCGAGCUGGACCGCCGGCAGCGAGCGCUGGACCAGGAGAUGGCGUCGCUCAACACGCACACCGCCGCGCGCACGCAGGCCGACAUGCUGACGAAGGACAAGACGGAGAAGGAGGAGCAGGUGCGUAAGAUCAAGUCUCGGCACAGCGAGGACCUGGUGACGCUGCUCGGCCACUUCCCCAACAAGAGGGAGCUGGAGGACUGGAUCUACGUCAGGUCCAAGGACAUCAACGGCACCCGGGACCGGCUGGCCCGACUCAACAAGGACCUGGCGUCGAGCGAGCAGAACAAAAGCCACGUCACCGCCGAGGUCCGGAAGAAGGAGCUGCAGCUGGCCAGCGACGAGGAGAAGUUCUUCAACGUGUGCGGCAGCCAGGACCUGGAGCAGGACCUGGGCAAGCUGCGAGAAGACCUGGAGAAGAGCUCCAAGCAGAGAGCCAUGCUGGCCGGCGCCACGGCCGUCUACACCCAGUUCAUCAGCCAGCUGACGGAGGAGCGGGAGCCCUGCUGCCCCGUGUGCCAGCGGACGUUCCCCUCGGACUCUGACCUGCACGACGUGGUCAGCGACAUGCAGUCCAAACUACGCCUGGUGCCCGACAAGCUGAAGACCACCGAGCUGGACCUGAAGAGGAAGGAGCAGAAGAGGGACGAGAUGAUGGCGCUCAGACCCGUCAGGCAGUCCAUCAUACAGUUUCAGGAGAAGGAGUUGCCCGAGUUGAGGAACCGCCUGCAGGCCGUGAACAGAGACAUCGAGAGGCUGAAGGCCGACGUGGAGGAGCAGGAGGCGCAGCUCUGCACCCUGAUGUCGGAGGAGGAGACGGCCAAGGCCUGCCUGCAGGACAUCUCGCUCAUGGACCGAUACCUGAUGGAUCUGAAAGACUUGGAGAGGAAGAUCGCUCAGCAGGCAGCGAGGCUCCAGGGAGUGGACCUGACCAGAACCGUGCAGCAAGUCAGUCAGGAGAAGCAGGAGACUCAGCACCAGCUGGACACCACCUCCAGCAAGAUGGAGCUGAAGCGUAAGCUGAUCCAGGACCAGCAGGACCAGAUCCAGACGCUGAAGAGCGGCGUGAACGAAACCCGAGCGGAGAAGCUGCAGCUGAGCAGCGACCUGCAGAAGAAGCAGCAACUGGUGGAGCAGAGCGUGGAGUUCACCUCCGAAAUACACAACUUCACCAGGGACAUCAGGGAGGCCAGAGAGCAGCUCUCUCCUCUGGCUGCUGCUCUGGAGAAGCUGCAGCAGGAGAAGCAGGAGCUGGGGGAGCGCAGGAGGCAGAGGCAGGAGGAGGGGCAGGAGAAGAUCGGGACCAUUAAGGAGAAAGUGAAGGCGGUCACCGCCUUGGAAAGAGACAUCGCCAAAUACGUCAACGACGGCAGAGAUGAAUACAAAGAGCAAAAAGAGGCGGAGCUUCAAGAAACCAACACUCAGCUCCACGAGGCCGACAAGCACAAAGAGAAGCUCAACAAGGAGAUGGGGAACGUCCGCCAGGACAUCGACACGCAGAAGGUCCAGGAGCGCUGGCUGCAGGACAACUUGACCUUGAGGAAGCGCGUGGAGGAGUUGAAGGACGUGGUGGCGAGACACGAGGCUCUGCUGAAGGACAUGGGCAACAUGCAGGUGUUGCAUCUCCGCCAAGAACGACGUGACGCAGACCGCAGGCUGGAGGAGCUGAAGAAGAACCGCAGCAUUGCACUGGGUCGCCAAAAGGGCUUCGAGGAGGAGAUACUCGAUCACAGAAAAGAGCUGCGCGAUGAUCAGUUUGGAAAAGCAGACGAGCGCCACAAAAACAAGAUGAUCACCAUGAGGACGACGGAGCUGGUCAUCAAAGACCUGGACCUCUACUACAAGGCCCUGGACCAAACCAUCAUGAAGUUCCACAGCAUGAAGAUGACGGAGAUCAACAAGAUCAUCAGGGACCUGUGGCGCAGCACCUACCGCGGCCAAGACAUCGAGUACGUGGAGAUCCAGUCCGACGUGGACGAAAACGCCUCCGCCGGCGUGAAGAGGCGGGUCUACAACUACAAGGUGGUGAUGGUGAAGGGAGACACGCCUCUGGACAUGAGGGGGCGCUGCAGCGCCGGCCAGAAGGUGUUGGCGUCGCUGAUCAUCCGUCUGGCUCUGGCUGAAACCUUCUGCCUGAACUGUGGGAUCCUGGCGCUGGACGAGCCCACCACCAACCUGGACCGGGAGAACAUCGAGUCGCUGGCACACGCCCUCGUAGAAAUCAUCAAGAGCCGCUCGUGCCAGCGCAACUUCCAGCUGCUGAUCAUCACCCACGACGAGGACUUCGUGGAGCUGCUGGGCCGCUCCAGCUACAUCGAGCACUUCUACCGGAUCCGCAAGAACCAGAACCAGAACUCUGAGAUCAUCAAGUGCAGCAUCACCUCGCUGUCGUCCUUCCUCCACUGAGCCGAGGACUCCACGCGCCUCAAGGAGGUGUCCAGUUGAAUUAGAGGAGCAUUCUGCAGAGGGCGACCUGCUUCUUCCUCUCUCCUCCUUCCUCUCUCCUCCCUCCUCUCUCCUCCUUCCUCUCUCUCGCCCGCUGCUCCUUCGUUCAUACAUUUUUUUCUAUAACAUCACAAAUUCUAAAACAUUUAAAAUGACAUUAGCUCAUCGUUAGCAUGAACGUUCCCGUGCUUUGGAUCCUGACGUCAUUGUCCGGUCGCCCCCUGCUGGCCAGCAGAGGCAACAGCAGGAUGAGUUCAGCUGCAGAGGUCGUUAUAUUUUGCCACUUGUAAUAAUAAUCUGUCAUUAAAGCUGCUGGUGAAGUUA